AUGACUUUGGAAAUGUUGGAAAAAUGUUUCGGCAACGAUGCUCUAAAAAAACCAGCUGUGUAUCAGUGGCCUGAAGGCUUUACCAAUGGACGUGAGUCCAUCAAUGAUUAUGAUCGCAGUGGUAGGCCGUCGACAUCAAAAACCAACGAAAACGUUGAUAAAGUACGAAAAAUUUUGGCUGAAAAUCGUAAGUUAACCAUUCGAGAGUUGACAGCUGACUUAAACAUUGCUUAUGGAUCUGUUCAAACCAUUAUCGUAAAUGUUUUGGGAUUGCGUCGUGUUGCUGCAAAAUUAGUACCAAAAGAUCUGUAUUUUAUGCAAAAAAGAAGAUCGUGUCGAUAUCGCUCAAGACAUGCUUUCUAA